UUGAACUCUCAGCCCCCCUCCCUUCCUCAGAACCCACUUUCUGACCCCAUUGUUAUCCUAAGGCUUGUUCGAAUUUGAUUUGACCAAGUGAACAGCUUUUCAUGGACUCUAGCUCUUCAUAAGAAGAACCAAGGACAGUCGGGUCGCCAUGUCUGCCCGUGCCAAAUUAGCAGAGCUGCGCGCUCUCCGCGCCGCGGGCAAGAAACGCCUUUCCACGUAUGAGGUGGAGGAACAGGGCGAUGUCUACGAAGAGGUUGAUGACGAAGGGUACAAGAAAAUCAUCCGCAAUCGGCUCGAUCAGGACGACUUCGUGGUCGACGAUAACGGCGAAGGAUACGCGGACGACGGUCGCGAAGUGUGGAACGAGCGCGGCGCCGACUACGACAGUGAAAGCGAGGACGAUGAAUUGCCUGCCCGGAGCAAGGCUGCCAAGCGGAAACGUGAAGAAGAGAAGCAGAGGAAGGAAAAAAUCAACAACGGGAUCUCGAAAUACUUCAACAGCGGGGCUGCGCCGUCCGCCCCGAAGCCCAAGCCAGUGGCUACCGCAGAGGAUGAUGCCUUCAUGGCUGACCUCCUUGGAGAGGUCGAUACCAACAUCGUUCCGCAACGCCUACCAACCCGAAAUAUCGUCAAGUCCGAGACUCGACGCAAAGUCCGGAUUUUGUCCCCGCCGCUCUCGGAUAGAACGCGAAAGGAUGCGCAUAUCAAAAAGGAUGAGAAUAGCGAUCCGGUUUCUCCGGUAAAGGAUCAGUCGGAUACGAACAUGGACGACGACUAUGAUGAUGGUCCGCUUCCCAACAUAGAUGAUGAGGACUUUCCCAUGAGUGACCCAAUGCCUUCAUCGCCUAUCAGCAAGGCCAUCGAGAGGAAGACAACGGCUGUGGCGGUCAAGGUAGAAGAAUCGGACGAGGAUGACACCGACCUGAUGGAGGUCACGCAAGCUACUGGACAGAACGAAGCCAAGGCAGCAAGUAUCAACAUGGCAGGGAGCCGACCAGUGCCUAAACUUAAGAAGGAGUCUUAUCCUUCGAUCGCCAGCUCUUCUCCCGUCAAGGCUCUACCAGACGUUGAUGCAUCUUGGAACGACGUCCGAAGCAAGCUGAACGUUCUCAGCAGCCCCGCCCACUCUGAGAUGCGAACCUUCGGAAAACUACGUCCACAAGACGUUGUUGAGGAGGAUGGGAGCUUACGUAUGUUCUGGUUGGAUUUCACUGAGGUCAACGGGAGCCUGUGCUUGUUCGGAAAGGUGAAGAAUAAACAGACAGGCUCCUAUGCCAGUGCCUUCGUCAAAGUCGACAAUAUCCUCCGAAAAUUAUACUUUCUUCCCCGCGAGAACCGUCACAAGCAUGGGCGCGAGACCGAUGAAGAGGUGGAUAUGGAAGAUGUCUAUCGCGAAGUAGACGAUAUGAUGUCGAGGUUGCGAGUGGGAAUGCACAAGAUCAAGCCGUGCACGCGCAAGUAUGCGUUUGAGGUGUCCGGCAUUCCGAAAGAAACGGAUUAUCUGAAGCUUCUCUACCCUUAUGAUAAGCCUGCAUUGCCCAUGGACGUCAAGGGGGAGACAUUCUCCCACGUCUUCGGUACUAACACGGCCUUGUUCGAACAAUUUGUGCUCUGGAAAAGCAUUAUGGGUCCAUGUUGGCUGAAAAUUGAAGAAGCAGACUUCUCGGCUGUCAACAAUGCCUCCUGGUGUAAGUUUGAAUGCCAGGUGUCGAAGCCUGCGCUCAUCUCUCCGGUGCCCGAUUCCGAGAAUCUGGACGCACCGCCUCUCACAUUGAUGAGUCUUUCGUUCCGCACGCAACUCAACGUCAAGGAGAACAAGCAAGAGAUUCUGGUGGCCAGUGCCAGAGUCUACGAGAAUGUCUCUCUCACGGACACUACUCCCCCGGAGAAGCUGCCUUGCAAAACUUUCACGGUUAUGCGGCCGGUGGGCACCUCUUACCCCAUGCACUUCGAAGCCGAAACCCGGAAGCAACGAGGUACAUUCAUGCUGGAAAGGAGCGAGCAGUUUCUGCUCAGUAAAUUCCUGGCACUGUUCGAGAAGAUGGAUCCUGAUGUCCUCAUGGGGCACCAGCUCCAGGAAGUCGACCUCAGCGUUCUUCUCAACCGACUCAAGGAAAAGAAGACGCCAGGAUGGCAUCGCCUCGGGCGACUGAAACGUGGAGACUGGCCUAAGAACUUCAACAGGGGUGGAGGUUUCUUCGCUGAAAGGCAUUUGAUCGCAGGACGAUUGAUGUGUGAUGUGGCUAAUGACAUGGGCAAGUCUCUGAUGAUGAAAUGUCAAUCUUGGAGCCUGACAGAGAUGUGCGAACUCUACUUGGGACAGGGCAAUACGAGACAAGAACUAGACACCGAAGCAGCCUUGAAAUCUUGGGCUACCACGAAAGAUGGUCUCAUGAAUUUUGUGAAUCAUUGUGAUGCAGACACCUACUUCAUCGCCGCUCUUGUCUUGAAGCUGCAGAUGUUACCUCUGACCAAAGUGCUCACCAAUAUUGCUGGUAACUCCUGGGCAAGGACGCUCAGCGGUACGCGCGCCGAGCGGAACGAGUACAUUCUCCUCCACGAAUUCCACCGGAACAAAUACAUAUGUCCUGAUAAAUACUCUUCCAAGCUGUUGAAAGCGGAAGAGAAACUCCAGGAAGGUGACGAGGACGACUCGGCGGACAAGAAAAAGAAGGACAAAUAUAAGGGUGGUCUGGUUUUUGAACCCGAGAAGGGCCUUUACGACCGCUUUGUCCUAGUCAUGGACUUUAACAGUCUGUACCCGAGUAUCAUUCAGGAGUUUAACAUCUGCUUCACAACCGUGGAACGGACGGCAACUGCCGAGAAUGACAAGGAGGAGAAAGUACCCGAGGUCCCGUCGUCAGAGCAAGAGCAGGGUAUCCUGCCCCGCCUAAUCGCAACUUUGGUCGGUCGUCGACGUGAGGUGAAGAAGUUGAUGAAAGACAAACGCGCGACGCCUGAGCAGCUCGCUCUCUGGGACACUAAGCAGUUGGCCUUCAAGCUGACGGCCAACUCUAUGUACGGAUGCUUGGGUUACACGCAGAGUCGCUUUUAUGCUCGUCCCUUGGCCAUGCUUACUACCUUCAAGGGGCGUGAGAUUCUCAGAAGCACCAAGGAGCUGGCGGAGUCGAAACAACUCCGUGUCAUCUACGGUGAUACUGACUCCGUCAUGAUCAACACGAAUAUGGACACUAUCAGCGAUGCGAUUAAGGUCGGUGAGGAAUUCAAGAAGUCGGUGAAUGAGCGUUAUCGACUAUUGGAGAUCGAUAUCGACAACAUCUUCCGUCGUCUCCUCUUGCAUGCCAAGAAGAAGUACGCUGCCGUCAACAUCACAGAAGUAGACGGCAAGUACGUUGACAAGCUGGAAGUCAAGGGUCUCGACAUGAAGAGACGUGAGUACUGCUCACUGUCGAAGGAAGUUUCCCAGAAACUGUUGAAUGAGGUUCUCUCUGGCGAGGACCAAGAACUUGUUCUUAACCGGAUCCACGACUACCUGCGCGAUCUUGCAGGCAAGAUGCGAGAGUUCACUGUCCCUGUGCAGAAAUACGUGAUUUAUACGAAACUCUCCAAGCGACCUGAGGAAUACCCCAACAAGGAGACAAUGCCUCCAGUGCAGGUCGCCCUGCGCGAGCUCGCUCGAGGAAAGACGGUUCGUCCCAAUGACGUUAUCUCCUACAUCGUGACCAGUGGAGAUUCGGAAACUGCAUCCCUCCCGCCUGCCAAACGUUCGUAUACACUGCAGGACGUGAUGAAGCCCGACUCGGAGCUCAAGCCCGACAUCGAGUUUUAUUUGCUCAAGCAGAUCUUCCCGCCUAUCGAGCGUCUAUGUGCUCCUAUCCCCGGUACUGAUGCUGUUCGGUUGGCGGAGUGUUUGGGCCUCGAUGUCCGCAAAUAUCAGAUCAACACUUCUACUGCAAGCAACCAGCAGAACGCUGACAUCUUCCCGCUGGAAUCGCAAAUCCCCGAUUCGGUCCGUUUCGAAAGCGCAGCCCGACUCACCCUCACCUGUCGGUCCUGCAAGGAGAAAUCGGUGUUUGAAGGGUUGCUCGGGUCCGUUCAUAUGUGCACAGCCAACGGCGUUAUCUGCCCCAACCAAGCCUGUCAGAAACCUUUCUCGGUUUUGACCAUCGUUGCGCAGCUGGAAACCCAGAUCCGGGCCCAGACUUCCAAAUACUAUGAGGGCUGGCUUGUCUGCGACGAUACGGCCUGCGGUAACCGGACGCGUCAGAUCAGUGUAUACGGGCACCGCUGCCUGGGUCCUAAAGGUCACGCUGAAGGUUGUCUUGGUCGCAUGUCCUACGAGUACACGGAAAAACAGAUGUACAACCAGCUGCUCUACUUUGCCGGACUUUGGGAUGUCGACAAGGCUCGAACUGCGGCUGAGAAGGAUGGGAAUGCGGAGAAGAAGGACAGUGUGGCAGCGUUAGUUGAGUUCAACCGGCAACUCGAUCCCAAUCUGGGCUACUCGACUGUUAUCAUGUCGGUUAAGAAAGUUCUGGUCAUUGCGGGGUCGGACAGCUCGGGUGGCGCGGGUCUAGAAGCGGACCAGAGAGUUCUGGCUGCUCACGGCGUCUAUGCACUGACCGCAACCACCGGUCUUACAGCGCAGAACACUCUGGGAGUGCAAGAUAUCUUUAUCAUUCCGCCUGAAUUUGUCAAGAAACAGAUCAAUGCUGGCCUCGAAGAUGUCGGUGCGGAUGUAGUCAAAUUGGGAAUGCUCUCCUCCGCGGAGACAAUUAAUGUGAUUGCCGAGGCUCUGGUCACGCAUCAGAUUCCUGCGGUGGUGCUGGAUCCGGUCAUGGUGUCAACAAGUGGAUCGCAACUGCUCCCUGGGGCCGCUGUACAAGUCCUGCGGUCGAAAUUGCUUCCCCUGACCACCAUCCUCACCCCGAACAUCCCAGAAGCUCUGCUACUUCUCAAGGACUCCGGAAUUGAUGUUUCCGAGCCUACUGACCUCCCUGGAAUGGUACAGCUGGCCAAGCAGAUCUGUUCCUUGGGCUCAAAGGGAGUCUUGCUCAAGGGCGGUCAUUUGCCCCUCACAAAAGAUCAUAAGACCGCGCAAAAUCAGGAGGAUGCGUGCAUCGUCGUUGAUGUACUGUAUGAUGGCGAGGAAGUCACCUUGUUCGAGACGGACUUCCUCAUCUCGAAGAACACGCAUGGCACGGGCUGUUCGCUGGCCUCGGCCAUUGCGGCCAAUCUCGCCCUCGGUAAGGGCAUGAAGCGGGCCGUCCAGAGCGCUGUUCGGUUUGUUGAAGCCGGUAUCAAGACCAGCUUUGAUAUCGGCAAGGGGAGUGGGCCGAUCAACCACUUCCACUCGUUGUAUAGCCUGCCGUUUGCACCCGGUCGUUUUAUAGAGUAUGCGCUGGAUCGUCCUGACGUUCAGGAAGCUUGGAAGAAGUUUACGGAGCAUGAGUUCGUCCGGCAGUUGGGCGAUGGCACACUUCCUUUGGAGAGAUUCAAAUCAUAUCUCGUCCAGGAUUAUCUUUACUUGAUUCAAUUUGCACGGAGCAACGCUUUGGCUGCAUACAAGGCGGGGAGCAUGGAAUCAAUCGCCGCGUCUGCGCAAAUUGUCCUACAUAUCCAACGCGAAACAGCGUUACACCUAGAUUACUGUGCCUCCUUCGGACUGACCAAAGAGGAAAUGGAGAAGACUCCGGAAACCAUUGCGUGCACUGCGUAUAGUCGGUAUAUCCUCGACGUUGGCCAGUCGGGAGAUUGGCUCGCCCUACAGAUGGCUCUUGCGCCUUGCUUGAUCGGCUACGGAGCUAUCGCACAACGACUCUACACGGACAAAGAUUCGGUGCGGGAGGGUAACCGGUACUGGAAGUGGGUUGAGAACUAUGUCGCCGACGACUACACCGAGGCAGUGCGUCUGGGGUCCGAAUUGCUUGAAAAGCAUAUGCGAGAGGUCUCGCCCAGUCGGAUGGAGGAAUUGAUUAAGAUUUUCGUGCGGGCGACGGAGUUGGAGAUCAGAUUCUGGGACAUGGGUCUGGGUGGUGGCGAAUCUUGUUAG